GGUUGUUCUUGUUCUUUUCUUCUUUCAACCCCGCUUUUCGCAAAUUGUAUUUUAUUUUUUACUUUUGCAUUUUAAACGCUCCUAUAUUGCUUACACGUUCUGUUCAUGUCUACUGUCCAAACUGCUUCGUCCGCUGGAUCCAAGAAGAUCCGCUGGGUCCCGCUCGAGUCAUCGCCCGAGGCCCUGAGCAAAGUCAUGCAUCAUCUGGGCGCCGACACUUCAGUUGCAUUCAGCGAUGUCUGGGGACUGGACGAGGAGCUGCUCGCUAUGGUUGCACAGCCAGUACUUUCGCUCGUUUUUCUUUUUCCACUGACAGACAAGUAUGACGAGGAGCGGAAGAAGGAGAUCGCUAGCAGCGACAACAAAGUGUCGCCCAAUGUCUGGUUCAUGCGUCAGACCAUUGGAAAUGCGUGCGGCACAAUGGCUGUUUUCCACGCUCUGGGAAACAACCAGCAGUCAGUCCCGAUUGGCGGUCAUCUCGCCGAGUUCUUUGCCAAGGUAAAGGACAUGUCACCAGAUGAACGCGCUGCUGCUCUGGAGACCGACGAAAUCGUGGCAAAUUCGCAUAAAGAGAGUGCCGCUGAUGGCCAGACAGAGGCACCAUCGGCCGACUCGCGCACAGACCUCCACUAUGUCGCAUUUGUAAGCGUCGAUGGCGACCUGUACGAGCUUGACGGCCGGCAGACCACACCCAUCAACCUUGGGCCGUCGACCAAUCUGCUUAAGGUAAGACUACUUAGAUGUGGAACGUAGCCCUCUAUAUAUAUGUAUGUGUGUGUAUGCUUCAAGAUGCAUUGCUAAUUAAACAUUAUAUUUUAAACAAUAUUUUUUGUGCGUGUAGGAUGCGGCGCGCGUCAUCAAGCAGCGCAUCGAGUUCUAUGGCAGCGAGUCGCAGGAGUUCUCCGUGCUUUCGCUUGGGCCGAACCAAGACGAAGACUGAUUGCCCUGUAUCCUCUUUGCCGUAUCGAUGUAGACGUCGGCAUCUCAUGUUGCGGACAGAUUGUAAGUUGGGCUGUAAAACUGUAGCAAUUAAUUCUUGAAUUUUCGAAAGAUUAGAUAUCAAUACAUUGCAGAUUUUCAAUUUACAAAAAA